AUGGCGCGCCAAGAUGAUGAGGAGACUCCUCUUCUCCAACGGCCAGAACAGCGGACGGCCCGAACUUCACCCCUAUCAUGGGAUCAGUUCUGGAUCAUAUUAUUCUUACAGUUUUCGGACUCGCUUGUUUUUCAGACCCUUGCUCCAUUCACCCCUCAAGUGAAUAUAUUCCCUCUACUUGGACCUGAAUCUGACCACAACCGGAAUUUUGUCAAGCUGAUAAGAGACAUCGGUGUGACCAACGGGGACGAAUCCCAGGUUGGACACUAUGUCGGCAUCCUGCAAUCAUCGUAUUAUACGGCUCAAGCACUGACUAUCCUCCAUUGGAGCCAAUUAUCUGAUCACAUUGGGCGGAAGCCUGUGAUACUUACCGCCUUGUUCGCGAUAUCAAUUUCGAUGUUCUCGUUCGGGCUGUCGAAAACUUUUGUCGGUCUGGUGAUCAGCCGUGCUUUCUGUGGGGCAUUCAAUGGGAGCAAUGGGGUCAUCAAAAGCAUGGUAAUGGACAUCACUGACACAACCAACUUGCCGAAGGCAUACGGCUAUAUGCCGCUCCCAUGGAUGUUGGGGACCUUGGUUGGACCACUCGUUGGUGGAUCGCUCUCCAGACCAGUGGACAGAUUCCCUGAGAUUUUUGGGCGACCGAAGCUCCUACAAAUCUACCCAUACCUCUUACCAUGCACCGUUCCAGCUAUAUUCGCACUGGUGGCUUGGUUAGUCACGUAUUCUCGUUUCAAAGAGUGCGGUAACGAGAGUGUUUCAACAAGGACACCAUUUUGGGAGCUGAUCAAAGGAUGGCUCUUGCGACAGGCAUAUGCAAAGCCUUUCCCACCACCGAGAAAUGCUCUGGCCAUUUCUGAGGUAGCAAACUCUGAAGUUCCAUCGAAGCCGCUGCCACUGUGCGCAUUGCUAACUCCAAAGGUCCUGACUGUAGCGGCAAGUUAUGUCACUAUGGCUCUGUUUUACAUGGCAUUUAGUUCGGUCCUACCUGUUUUCUACUCGACUCCGAUUGAACUCGGUGGCCUUUCCCUUGACCCUCCCCAUAUUGGUGCUAUACUUGCGGUAUCAGGUGUUGCCCAUGGUGUAUUCCAGCUACUUUUCUACGCACGGCUACAUGAUCGCUUCGGUGCAGGAGCUAUCCAUAUCGCUGGCGUUGGCUCCGGCGUACCUAUCAUCAUUUUAUUCCCAGUGAUCAAUGCGCUCGCUCGAGUCCAUGGCCUGGGUUGGGCGGUGUGGUUGUCUGUUGGCGUUCAACUUUCGCUGGCCACUAGCUUGGUCAUGUGCUAUCCCUGCUUGGCAUUGUUCAUCAGAGCCGCCGCUCCCAAUCGCGCAUCGCUUGGAGCAACCAAUGGAAUUAUCCAGCUGGUUGUAGCAGGAGCAAGGAUCAUUGGUCCAGCAUCUGCAGCUUCGGUCUUCUCUUAUUCAAUGCAGGAAGGUCAUGACACGUGGUUGGUAUAUUACUACUUGAUAACGAUUGCAUUUCUCGCUGUAGGUACUUCUCUGUUGCUUCCUCGUAAUCCUAGUAUAUGGGAAGAUCGCCAAUAG